GAAUACCAUGAAGAGUUUGAUUGCAAUCCUAGUUGACAACCUUUUUUUAAUAAAAAGUUGACAACCUUUUAGAGACACAGAUAAAACCAAAUACGAUUUCCUCCCUCCUCCUCCGACUGUAGAGAGAGAGCAACAAACCAAACGAAAAAAGAAAGAAAAAACAUGUCCGCCCAUCUUCUUCCUCCCCGCUCCCGACCGUACCUCCAUCCAUCUAUUCGUGUCCAUUAAUAUUCUUCAUCCAAUCCCCUACGUGCCGCUUUUAGGAUUCCAUCCCCUCCCUUCCGCCGCCGCACUUUGCAUCCAGUUUCAGGUGAGUAGUCUCGUCAAUCUAUCGCAAGUUCAGAAAUUUAUAUCGCUUGAGUUUAAUUUUUAGUGUUUGGCGGUCUAACUCUGAAUUGGGUCUCAGCUGUUCCAUCCAAUUGGAUCAUUGAUUUACCAUGGCGGGUGAAGUUCUACUCCUAAUUCGAUCGCAUAAGCUGAAUAAUUCAACUUUUUUUUUUCUUUUCCUAUUCUGUUAGUCUCCAAGGCAAUCUGGACUUUGUUGUUAGAGUUUUCAUGUCGUAACUUUACCUUGUUCCCUGCGGAUUAUAAAAAAAGAAUCUUUCCCCUUAAGCAGGCAAUAAUAGAAGAAGUUUUUUUUUUUCUUUCUCCAGUGCAGGAACUUCUGGUGUGGAACCUGUGGUUAUGUCUUCAUCGUUCCCAAUUCUUCACAAUUCAACCGCAGACAUGUACCCCAAAUUACCGGAUACUUUCCAGAUUCCUUCUGAGAGGGAGAUGAUGAGAAACCCUAGACAUCAACACACACCUCCAAUGGGCUAUAGUACUGAGACAGUCGAGCACUUGUUCUCAUCCUCUUCCAGAUUCGCUGAAGAGAUGCAUGUUUCUUCACCCCAGGGAAAGCAUUCUUGGAAUUUGCCAUUCGUUUCUCAACCCCCCAUUGGAAGAACAAGUUUUCCGCCUUUGCUGUCUCCCCAUACGGAAGCACAAUCCUCAACAUUGGGUAGUAGUCAUUCUGAAGAGAGUAUGAUUGGUUGUUUUCCCAUUGAUCCGCUUCUUCUCGAUUUCCCGGAGGAUGUGUAUAUUCCAAAUGUUUUUCAUGAUGAGCGUGGAUGUGUGGUUGCGUCUGAAGACCUCACCACGAGAACGACAGAUUUGCUGUUGGAUUAUCAGUUGAUGGCGGCUGAUGAUGAUCUCAUUACGGACUGGAAUGAAAUCCGUACUGGAGUUACUGGCAUUGAGACCAACCAAAAGGCGCCACAACAAUUGUCUAGUAUGCCAACUAUCUCAGUAGAGCAACCUCAGUUUAAUCAGCAUCUUCAACAAUCAUCUAGUAACUCGGUGCCAACUAUCUCACUAGAGCAAGCUCAGUUUAAUCAGCAUCUUCAACAAUCCUCUAGUGACUCGGUGCCAACUAUCUUGGUUGAGCAACCUCAAUUUAAGCAGCAGCUUCAACAAUCAUCCAGUAACUCGGUGCCAACUAUCUCAGUAGAGCAACCUCAAUUUAAUCAGAAGCUUCAACAAUCAUCUAGUAAGCUGGUGCCAACUCUAUCAGUAGGGCAACCUCAAGUGAAUCAGCAGCAAGCUGCUGUUAGUGGAGAAGUAAAAUCUGCUGCCACCCCACUGUCCUCUGCACCAACAUCAAGCAAAACCAGGAUGAGAUGGACACCAGAGCUUCAUGAGGCUUUUGUGGAUGCAGUCAAUCAACUUGGUGGCAGCGAACGAGCUACCCCAAAGAAUGUCUUGAAGCUAAUGAAUGUUGAAGGAUUGAAUAUUUAUCAUGUCAAAAGCCACUUGCAGAAGUACAGAACAGCAAGAUACAAACCAGAGCCAACUACUGAAGACUCGGAGAAAAAGUUGAGUUCCCUUGACUUAAAGAGAUCUAUGGACUUGAAUACAGCCACAGAGAUAACUGAAGCUUUAAGACUACAAUUGGAAGUUCAGAAGCAAUUACAUGAACAACUCGAGACUCAGCGUAAAUUACAGGUGAGAAUCGAAGAACAGGGAAGGAAUCUGCUGAUGAUGUUUGAGAAACAAAAGAUGGGGGAGGACAAAACCAAGCUUCCUUCCCACCCCUUAGUCAAUGAUCCACAGUCGCAUGCACUUCAGCCUUGUGAAGACGAUAAAUUAGAAGCAGCAGAUGGUGAAGAAAGCUUCCACGACCCGAUCACAAAGCGAACAUCACCAGGGCCUGGAAACACAAAGGACACCCUCGACCAAACUGAAGAGGAAGAGUCCAGUCCAGUGCAGGCGAAACGAAAAAGGACGGACUAAACAUCAUCAGCGGCUGCAUCAGUGUAGUCUCAGCCCUUUUAUCUGAUUACUUGGGUAAGUUGAUUAGGGUACGAUAUUGCGGCAGAGUUUUGGGGACUUGAGAUUUUUAUUAUUUUCAGUGAAUGGUUUGGCAGUUGCCGCGGUGAUGGCAAAGCAACGUCAAUGGUCCCUUUCGCUGUUUUUAUGUCGGAAGUUGGUCUAGUUUUAUCAUAUGUGACAUUGCUGUACAUAUUUUGUGACAACUAGAAAGUUGAAAAUAAUUCAAUGGAAGAGGUCGGAUAGAGACGGAUUUGAGGCUACCGUAGUUUGGUGUUGCCAGUUGCCACACGACAUGGCAGUUAUUGCAUUAUCAGUGCCUUUGGGGUAAAUGCUUGUUGGUGUAAAAGUAAGAAUUUCUUUCGGUUCUAACAGAGAUAUGAGUUCUGACUUCUCACUAUGAGAGGCAAAAGCUUCUCUAAGAAUUUGAGUUUCUGGCUUAGAAGAGUUGCAACUUGCAACUUGAUUUCAUUGUUUCUCAUCAUGGUGGUUAGUUAGAUAACAUGGCGAAAAAUGAGUGGAUUUGUAAUUUGUUCAGGUGAUGAGCUUGUCACCCUGGUUUAACAUCCUAUACAAACAAAUACGAUGAUUUUGAGCUCAACCCGUCUAGGGAAUAGUUGCAAAAACUUGAUGAAAUAGGAAGGGGAAGAUUUAGCUGCUCCUAUCCAUUCUUUCAUGGUCGAACAUCAUUAGUAAAUUUACUAUAGAUCGUUGGAAGCACAGUAAAACAGUCCAAAUGAAAUUUUAAAAGGGAAGGAAUAGGUUAAAAAAUUCAUUCCUACAAAAUCACUAUAAAAUCGGCUUAAUUGUAAGUUUGGUCACUCGAAUUGCUAUAAAAUUUCACGUUUGCCACUCAAAUUAAUUUAUUCCAUUUAUAGUCACUCGAAUUAGUUGAACAGUUCAAGUUCGGUCACUCUCCGUUAACCUCCGUUAACUUUGACUGACGUGGCGGUCAACUCUGACAGUUGACCGUUAAAUGUGUGACGUGGCUACUAAAAAAUAAUAUAAUAAUAAAUUUUAAUUAAAUAAAAUUUACACCUCAUUUUUACAUACAUUAAUAUUUAAACGAUGAAAAAUAAAAUAAAUUUCUUUUCUUUUCUUCUUCACGUAAUAUGAUUUCUUCUUCAGGAAAUUCUCCGGCCUCGGAUAUCUCUUCCGAGGAACUUUCGUCGACGUUCCAAGUGGGGAAUUGGACAAAAAAAUGCAGCGAUUCAAUUAGAUCAUCUCCACACAGUCUCUCGGGCACAAACUCAGUUCAGGAAACUCAUGGUCCAUCAAAUCCAGCCUCUCUGCUUUUCGGAGGAACAAAGCAUUUCGACAAAGGGAUUGGAAGUGAAAUCGAGCGAGAGGGAUAGGCCGUAGGAUUUCUGACAAAGGGAUUGGAAGUGAAAUGAAGCAUUGGACAUAGGAAGUCCGGUACGAUAUGAAAUCAUCAUCUGGUAAUUAAGCCACGAGGUAGAUGGGGUGCUCGGAGAUCACCUCGUUGAUCAGCUUCAUGCACCCAUCGAAGUUGGUGUUGAUGCUGAGCAUGAAGCGCUAUUCGCGUUGUGUUGGAAGAUGACGGAAGGGUCGGGCCUGCGUUGAACGCGACAUAUUUGGAAAAAAAAGAUGGUGGCCGCGGAGGUGGCGGGCCUCAUCGUGGAUGUUAUCAUCGCCGAGAUACGGGAUUUGACGGAGUUAGAGGAAGAGGCCGGGGUCGAGGGUGGAGGAGGUGAAGGUGAUUACGGCUGAGAAAAUAAGAAAUGACCCCAAAUUUUUGGAUGAAGACGAUAGAACGGCUCGGUCAUGCGGAAAAUUGAGUCUCUGUUUUCCAAUUAGGGAUUUCCAAUUCGGGUAACCAGUCCAACCUCCCUGGGGAACAAAUCUAAAAUUACGGC